AGGAGCAUAUUUGUCAGUUGGAAGAGAGAGGAAGUUACUAAAGAGUAUUGAGAAAAAGGUUUGCUGAAAUCAGAGAUCAUUCGUGGGCUCUUAGGAGUCAGAAGUUCUAUCUCCCAGUGAAAUGCUGCCUCCGUCACUUCUAUUGCUAGCAGUUCUCAUCUCAGGUGGUGACAAUGAGGAUGCUUUCCAGGGACCAACUUCUUUCCAUGUCAUUCAGAUAUCAUCCUUUGCCAACAGCACCUGGGCACAAAAUCAAGGCUCAGGCUGGUUGGAUGAUUUGCAGAUUCAUGGAUGGGAUAGUGACUCGGGCACUGCUAUUUUUCUGAAGCCCUGGUCCAAGGGCAACUUCAGUGAUGAGGAGGUGACUGAGCUGGUUGAGCUAUUUCGAGUCUAUUUAAUUGGAUUCAUCCGGGUAAUACAGGACCACGUCAGUGAAUUCCAGAUGAAAUACCCCUUUGAGAUCCAAGGCAUAGCAGGCUGUGAACUGCAUUCUGGUGAGGCCACAGUAAGCUUCUUGAGGGGAGCUUUAGGAGGACUGGAUUUCCUGAGCUUGAAGAAUAAUUCGUGUGUGCCUGCCCCAGAGGGCGGCAGCAGGGCACAGCGAUUCUGCACGCUCAUCGUUCAGUACCAAGGUUUCUGUGAUAUCGUAGAGAAGCUCCUCUUAGAAACCUGCCCUCGAUAUCUCUUGGGUGUUCUCAAUGCAGGGAAGGCGGAACUGCAGAGGCAAGUAAAGCCCGAAGCCUGGCUUUCAAGUGGACCCAGUCCUGGGCCUGGCCGUCUGUUGCUGGUGUGUCAUGUCUCAGGAUUUUACCCAAAACCUGCAUGGGUAAUGUGGAUGAGGGAUGAGCGGGAGCAGCCAGGAACUCAGCAAGGUGACAUCCUUCCCAAUGCUGAUGAGACAUGGUAUCUCCGAGUAACCCUGGAUGUUGUGGCUGGGGAAGCAGCUGGUCUGAAUUGCCGAGUAAAGCACAGCAGUCUAGGAGGCCAAGACAUUAUCCUUUACUGGGGAAGCCCCACCUCCAUCGGAGUGAUAUGUUCAGCAAUAAUAGUGCCUUCCUUGAUUCUUUUGAUAUGUCUUGCAUUAUGGUUUUUGAGGCGCUGGUCAUAUCAGAAUAUCCCGUGAGCUUUCAUCAUUUCUCAUUAAUCAUUUGGAAUAAGUACUCAGAAGACCAGAAUCUCAAGUUUUUGGCCCAGGAGUCAAUCUCAUCAUAUUUAAUCAAAUAAUCAUCAUAUUUGAUCAACUCAGAGUUCUCAUAGGUUGUGAAAUAAAUCGUAAUUUAUACACCAGCAGAAAAAUAAUUAAGGACUGUGAAUUUAUUAUGAGAUUUUAUCAAUACUAGAAUCCACUCAGAUUUUAUAGAUGUGAAAUGUGAAGAAGAAUGUAUCUCAGAAUAAAUAAA